UUAGCCACUCAAGAUUAUCCGAAACUGCUGAGAGUAUUGUUUCAGUGUUCAAAUCUUUGAUAUUUUGAUGCUUCUUUCUGUGAAUUCAAUCCAGCCAUGGAACUCACCACUUCCAACUCUUCUUCUCGAGAAAUGCAAAACAUUAAACGAUGUGAAUCAAAUCCACGGGAGACUGAUAACAACUGGGUCCAUCAGGAACGCCUCUCUCACCGCCAAAAUCAUCCUCGCAUUCUCCUCUUCAGCGAGCGAACCACGAGUCGAAUUCGCUCGUCACCUCUUCUUUACGCGUCAUGCUUCUCGAAUUCAACGAAAACACGGAGACCCGUUUCUUUGGAACGCCAUACUCAAAUCGUUUUCUCACGGGCGGGACCCGGAAGGAGCAUUGCUUGUUUUCUGCUUCAUGAUUGAGAAUGGGGCUUUCGUGGAUGGGUUCUCAUUGUCGUUGGUGUUGAAAGCAUGUUCUCAAUUGGGUUUUCUCAAGGAAGGGAUGCAAAUUCAUGGAUUUUUGAGGAAGACUGAAAUUUGGUCAGAUUUGUUUUUGCAGAAUUCUUUGGUGUCUCUGUAUAUGCAUUGUGGGUGUAUUGGAUUUGCGCGUCAGGUGUUUGAUAAAAUGGAAAAGAGGGACUCGGUUUCGUAUAAUUUGAUGAUUCAUGGUUAUGUUGAGCGUGGGAUGGUUCAUUUGGCAUAUAAGUUGUUUGAUUGUAUGCCAGAGGAGCAGAAGAAUUUGGUAUCUUGGAAUACAAUGAUCAGCGGAUACGUGGGAUUGGAAGGUGGCCUGAAGGUAGCCUUUGAUUUGUUCGAGAAAAUGCCUGAAAGGGAUUUGAUUUCAUGGAACACAAUGAUUGACGGUUGUGUGAAGUGUGGUGAGAUGGAGUAUGCUCAACAAUUGUUUGAUAAGAUGACACUGAGGGAUGUGGUAAGUUGGUCUAAUAUGGUACAUGGUUAUGCUAAAGUAGGACGGAUUAAAGCCGCUAGGACUUUGUUUGAUAAAAUACCCGAGAAAGAUGUCGUUGCUUGUAAUGCCAUGAUGGCUGGCUAUCUUCAAAAUGGUAACUGUGCAGAAGCUUUACAAAUCUUUCAUAAUAUGCAGCAUGAAACUAAUUUGUCUCCAGAUAAUGCCACACUAUUAAGUGUUCUUUCAGCAGUUGCCCAGAUUGGACAUCUUGACGAAGGGGUAGCCGUGCAUUCCUACAUUCAGAAAAACAAGCUCUCUUUGAGUGGGAAUCUUGGCACAGCUCUCAUUGACAUGUAUUCCAAAUGUGGCAGUAUAAAGAAGGCUACAUAUGUCUUUGAGAAUAUAGAAGAAAAGAGUGUGGAUCAUUGGAAUGCUAUGAUCGGUGGGUUGGCCAUUCAUGGACUAGGUGAAUUAGCGUUUGAUUUGCUCAUGGAGAUGGAAAGGCUUUCUGUGAAACCAGAUGAUAUCACAUUCAUUGGUGUGCUAAAUGCUUGUGGGCAUGCUGGCUUAGUAAAGGAAGGUAUGAUGUGUUUUGAGAUUAUGAGAAAUGUUCACAAGUUAGAACCAAAACUACAACAUUAUGGAUGCAUGGUUGACAUCCUUAGCCGAGCAGGGCGCAUAAAGGAAGCCACAAAUUUUAUUGUGGAAAUGCCCAUUGAGCCUAAUGAUGUGAUUUGGAAUACUCUUCUUUGUGCUUGCUCAAAUUAUAAAAGUUUAAACAUUGGAGAGACUGUAGCUGAGCUUCUAAGUAGGAUGGAUUCUCAUAAUUCAAGCUCUUACGUUCUUCUGUCGAAUAUGUAUGCUGGUUUCGGUAUGUGGGAUGAUGUGCGUAGGCUUCGGAUGCUGAUGAAGAAAAGAAAUUUAAAGAAAAUUCCUGGUUGCAGUUGGAUACAACUUGAAGGAAUUGUUCAUGAGUUUUAUGUUCAAGAUAAGUCCCACCCUCAAGUUAUGGAGAUCUAUUCCUUGUUAGAUAGCUUUUAGGAGCCAAAUUUGAAGCUUCACAUUCAAAUGUAAAUAACAAGAAAAGACUUGCUUAUUGCAGGUAUGCAUGUUAUGUACAAAGAUUAUCCUCUUCCAGCAUUACCGACUGGCCGAAUUUCUGGAAUUUGAUUGUAUUAGAUACAGUACAUGUACAAUAUGAGGAGAGCUCGAUAAUUCACAGCCUUUCCUGUUUAUCAAGGUUUAAUAGUUUGGUUACAUAAACAACUACAGUUUUAAAAUCCGUAUUAUACCUGCGAUUCAACCAGUUGAACUGCGAACUAUGAGAUUCGACGGUAUG